AUGGAGGCUAAUUACACCCCUACUUUCAUCUGGCCCCACAAAUUCUUGGUCGAUUUCUUUAUCGUCUUCUCGUAUUCUAUUGUUACUUUUAAUCUUGUCACUCUGUUUUUUACAAUAUUUGUGGUACUCAGAGGUUGGUUAUUGUCAUCAAAUCGAAGCUAAUUUACUUUGUCUUUAGCAUCAAACAGCGUCACCAAAAAGUACAGUUAUUUUCUGGUCAAUCAUCUCGUUUGGUAGGUGAUUUGUAAGCAUGCAAUGGUACUUCGCUCACUGCAGACUGUACUAAUAUUAGCUUAGGUGUGUAGUCAGUGACGUCGCCUCAAUCGCACGCGACAAUGUGUCCCUCGGCAGUAAUGGUUGCUAUGUUUUCUUGGGAUUCGUCUCCAACUUCGAUCAUCUGGCAGCCCUCAUCCUUUUAUUCCUUUCGUAUGGAGUCUCUUUGGCACGAACCGCGUCUGAAGUUGGGCUCUUCAUGAUUCGUUUUAUCGCGUCGAUUCAUCCGGAAUCAAGGUUUUACGUGGAUAUCCACAACGUGGCGACGUGGAAGAUUUUGCUCUUGUUUCAUGUCAUGAUUGUCGUGAAUGUCUUGCUGUUUAUGGUGAGGUUAUAGCCCUUUGUGUUUUGCAGUGAGAACACAAAAAUUAUACGGAGAGAGUUCCAGAAAAACGCAUGGGCAACCAAGAUAGUCAACGAUAUUUGUGGCCAGAGGGCAAAAAUACUGGGUUUGGCUGGACUCCUGCCAAUUUAGCGCGAAAAAAAUUUUUUAUUAUUAAAAAAGUGCCGUAUAAGCCAUAAAUUUUUCAUGCAGAAGUUCGCAAAAAGUUCUCGCCUACUUUCCGACUAAAAUCUCAUGGUUUCUGCAAAGCGCAAGAUAGGAACUAUGGGUCUUAUUUUUUGCAAAUUUUAAUUUCAAUUUAGGCCUAUCUUAGCCUCGUACUUCAAGCGGUUCCAGAGAGUGUUCUCUAGUAUUCUUUCAGGUGCGAAUUGCCGACACCGAUGUCAUCUUGGAGACCCGUCUCCGCAAUCUCACCCAAUCCGACCCUGCUCCUGCCCAAAUCUCCAACGAGCACAUUGUCCUUUGUUUCCCCGAACACACCGUUUCAAGUCAUCUGAUUUACUCCGGAGUCGGGUUUAUGGCCAUCACUGGCAUCACUCUACUCGUAAUGUUUUACAACAUCAAGGCAUCUAAGUCCUCGGCCAGCACUCUGCGCACCCAUUGGAUGCUGUUCUAUGCCCUUGUUGCGCAAGCGGUCGCUCACACAGUCUUCGUUUCGACUCCCGGCGUUGUGGCCGGGGUCUUGUCCGACUCCCUCCAAAAGCCUUCAAUUUCGAUUAUCUGCUCCAUUGUUUUAUGGCCUCAUACCUUCUUCACGUGUCUUAUUAUCCUCGUCAUGAUCCGGCCUUAUCGAAUAUACGCUAAGAGAAUACUCCAGCGCCUCAGGGUAAGACCCAGGAGGAUUGGGCCGAUCUUUGAGGGGGUUCGGGAUCAUCCCACCGUCUCGCGGAUCCCCGAUAGUGAUCCUGGAACAAAUAAUCAUGCCCAGUCCAGGGCUUCGGUCUUUUCACGGUUCCAGUCGGUUAGUCUGUGA